CUCUCUUUGGGAAUGUGUAUGCUUCUACAGUGUAAUUUUCCCCUGCAGCACAAAGACGGCAUUUCCGGCUAUGUUGAUUCUUCCAUCAUCUCUCACUUCAAGUUCCAGCUCCCCUCCUCGUCUGGAGCAUUGGAACAGCACUGCUGCAGAGGCCAGUGUCGCAUGGCCACACAGAUUCACUUCAUUGGAGGUGAGGAUGUCUCUGAAUGAAGAGGGUUAUGUGGUUCGGAUCAGAGGACUACCCUGGUCCUGCACGCAGGAGGAGGUUGCCAGUUUCUUCUCUGACUGUGACAUCGUGGGGAAAAUAAAUGGAGUGUGUUUUACGUACUCUAAAGAAGGCCGUCCCAGUGGAGAGGCAUUCAUUGAGCUGAAAACAGCAGAAGAUUUCAAGAAUGCCCUUUCCAAGGACCGUAAAUACAUGGGACACAGAUACAUAGAAGUGUUCAAGUCAAACCGCAGUGAGAUGGACUGGGUGCUGAAACGUAGCGGUCCUGCUGACUAUGACAGCUGCAGUGGGUGCAUGCUGAGACUUAGAGGCCUUCCCUUUGGCUGCAGCAAAGAGGAGAUUGUUCAAUUUUUCUCAGGGUUGAGAAUCGUGCCAAAUGGGAUUACUCUGCCAGUGGACUACCAGGGGAGGAGCACAGGGGAAGCCUUCGUGCAGUUUGCCUCAAAGGAGAUAGCAGAAAAGGCUCUGGGGAAACACAAGGAAAGAAUAGGGCACAGGUACAUAGAGAUUUUUAAGAGCAGUCGUAAUGAGAUCAGAGCCUACUAUGAGCUGCCCCGCCGGGGGAUGGGAGGCCAGAGACCAGGGCCCUACGAUAGACCCAUGAUGGGAGGCCCCAGAGGAGGGUUUUUCGGGGGCGGGCCUGGCCGUGGUGGGGCUCUGAUGGACACUAUGAGAAGUGGUGGAGGCUAUGGAGGAGGUUAUGGCAACUUUGAUAGCUACAAUGGUUUCAACAACUACUGCUUUGGCAACGGCAUGUUUGAUGAGCGAGUGAGAGGAGAAAGGGGAGGAAGAGGGAUGGGAGGCCAUGGUUACAGUGGUCAAGUUGAUGGGUGUUCAGGUUUCCACAGUGGCCAUUUUGUCCAUAUGAGGGGGUUACCUUUCCGUGCCACAGAGGGAGAUGUGGCUAAAUUCUUCUCUCCUUUGAAUCCACUGAGGGUCCACAUCGACAUGGCUCCAAAUGGGAAGUCAACAGGGGAAGCAGAUGUGGAGUUUCGCUCUCAUGAAGAUGCUGUGGCAGCCAUGUCCAAAGACAAAAACCACAUGCAACAUCGCUACAUUGAGCUGUUUCUAAACUCCACAGCCAGCGGAACUGCUGAAAUGAGCCGUGGUGGUAGCGGUGGUUACUACAGUAGCUCAGGAGGCGGCGGAGGCUCUCGGAGCAGCGGGUUGAGAGCUGCAUACUGAUGAUGUCAUCCCACUCUUCUGAUCCAUCCUGACGUUUGUUUCACGUGUUUUUAGGCCACUUGAUUACAGUUUGAAAGCAGGAGAGCUGAUCUGAAGCCUGUCCUUAUUUUAUGAGAGCCUUUUUCUGAUUUAAUUGUAUUUGUACUGAAACUUCACCUCCGGACACCAGAUGUGGUCUCAACAAGCUGUUAUUAUUACACCAUUCCUGAAGGCACAUGAAGAACUAAACUCCUCUAUAUGAAAAUGUUGGAGCUGUUGUAAGCGUUGGACAGGUGAAGGAUCACCUCUGAGAUUUAACUACCAAAUGUUGUAAUGUAGUUCUUCAUGGUGCACAUGGGAAGUAAAUUCAUUGUUUUGUGAUUUGGUUAAGAGAAAUCAAACGCCUUGUCUUCUUAUUCCAGUGCUCUGAAUCGUAUUGAUGGGUGCUAAUUGAAUGUGUUUGAGUUAUAUGACUUUAUUGGGAUGCACUUUAAAUAGUUGAGGCGAGUGAUGCUCUUUUGGAGGUACAGCAGUGAAGAAAUGUCAAAACAGUACACAGAGCUCUGAUAGUUAGAGUGAAGAUUUCUUGUAAGAUCUUGUUUUUUUCUGGUUUAAACUUGAUUGUUAAAACAACUUGUUUCAGUAGAGCUUUGGAUCCUUUCAUCCUGUAUUGCACAGACUCAAACUGGGGUUCAGAUAAUCUUUCCUGCUUUGAAAAGUUUGAAUGUGAGCCUGUGUGUUUUUUAUGAAUGUUUUCACAGUUCAUCGCAGAAUUUAAACUAAGUUGAAUAUUAAAUUCUACUCUCAAAGAGCAGAAGUAAAAUAAAUUCUCUAUAUUUGAGCUGUAAGAUAGCUUAUGCAGCUGUUGUACAUUUUGCUGAAUAAAUUUUAUAUUUAA